CGACCAGCCACCCGCACGAAUCGAUACAUCUCAAACCAUCCUUACCACAGUCGUCGCUACUCACCACCACAUCGGACGCGCACGACCGCACAACAUCUCUACCUCGGCGCACAUGCCACGCCGACUUGCAGGGAGGAGACUUGGUGUGACGGGAAGCGAGUGAGAAGAGCAAGCGAGAACCCCCGUCGACGACUCGUAGUCUCCACGGACUUGCUCGCUGUGCGAUACCGAUCCGCAUGCAGCAAAUGGAGACUCUUCCUGCUUCUGCCGCUGUCGCCGGACCCAGCAGCGAAGCUUCGACGCCCUUGGCAUAUGAGGAAGACGUGCGACAUGGAGGUGGUGGAGGAGGAGGUGGAGGAGGAACAAGUCACUGUGCCAUCACUGCUUCCCAAGUGUUCAAGCCCGCGAGCAGCGGCAGCAACAGCAUGUCGCCCCUCGCCAUGGCCGGCGCUUCUCCCGAUUCGGGUACCCCCAAGGACAUGAAGAGUAUUGGCUCGCGCUUCCACGAGGACUGCCACGAGACCGAUAUGCCCAGUCCUCGUCUGCGCUCCAGUCGGCUGUACAAGGGCAAGGGCAAGGAGGCUGUGGCUAUUGAAAAGCCCAAGAAGAAGCCUCUGAAGCUGCUGGAUCUGCCGCUGGACAUCCUUAAGGAUAUCAUUAAAGAAGUCACACAUACAAACGACCUCACUUCGCUCGCGCUGUGUCACAGUGCUCUUCACGACCUCACGACUCCGCACAUCUACUCACGUUUCGAUAUCGUCUGGCCAGACAGCAGCGCGCAGUCCGAGCACAGAUCUGGGGUCGAUGCGCUCACGUACGGACUCGCGACUCUGGUCAUGGCGGAGGAGGUGUUUGGCGAAGCGCCCGAUCAACGGCAGCAUGCGCAGAACAACAGAUACAGCAAGACCGAGGGAAAGGCGACAGAGACGGCCAUACGGAAACGACGAGGCAACCACUACGCGCAUUUCACGAAGAAGUUCUCGCUCGGGAAUGGCCCGGCAGAUUGGGUCCAAGAGUACCUGAUCACGAAAGAGGGUGGGAAGAUGCUUGGAACGUUGGUGGCAUUGGCAGUGGCGCGUAUGCGGUCGCUCGAGACAUUCAUUUGGGAUAUGCCUACUGGGAUCCUGCGAGACGUGUGGCUCGCGCUUUCAUCAUUAGGAGAUCGUGCUACAGAGCGAAGCCCGUGCAAACUGGAAAAGGUGUGGGUUAGGUGGCACAACAACUCCCUCAGCCCUGCGGCCGAAGCGAGCCCCAUCCCUCCUCCACCGCCCACCAUCGGUAUGAAUACCAUGCACACAUCGCACUUCCAUGCGACCAUCCCGGGUCCCGUCCCCGUGCCUCAGAUGCACCCUGCUGCGCUCGACCGAGUAGAGCAUCCCAACUUUUCAGUGUUGCCCGCACUCAAGAGUUUGAGUGUCCUCGAUAUCGAUGAGCUGCAAUAUCUGGACGAAAUGGCGGUGCUCAUAGGCAAGUCCUUGGACAAGCUUCGAGAGCUCCGUGUGGGAAUCGCGAGACACGCCAUGACAAAAGAUUGGGUCACGGUAUGGGAAGGCGAUCAGCUGCGGCAGGUGGAUCCAGAUUAUCCCACCGCAGGCUCUCUGACCAUUGGCGAAAAGCGGCUGGGAGGUGUCAUGGGCACUCUCACUGGAUUCGUGUGUGACAUGCGAAAACCGAAGAUCGUGUUACCAGAAAGAAGGCGGCACAGUCGUGGAUCGAGCAGGGCCAGCGCGAUCGUCCCAGAGUCUCCUAUCUCUGCUUCUGCAGAAAGCACCACUAUCGCUCAGACCAUGGGUGUGUCGAGCUUGCAAGAUGUCAUGUCAGCAGCAGUGCCAGCAGAGGAGACGGCCCCCGCAGUCUCCUACCCAUCAUCGUCGACACCACUCACCACCCCCAGCGCAUCGCUCGAAAGCGAGCUGGAAAUCGGCAGUGACCCUGCAAUCGAGACGGCGCUGCAAGCCGUCGCAACAACGACAACAACAGCAACAGCACCACCCGUGAGCACUCCUCUAGCGACCCACGAUGUAGUCACUCUCGACUCUCUGGAUGACCUCCAAGAGCCAUGGCUUGACAAUGUGCUUCGACUGGACAGCUUGGAGCUCGAGCGCGUGCCCAUCUCGGUCCCAGUGCUACAGAAAGCUAUCAACUGGACCACGUUGACUUCGUUGACACUGCUAUACUGUCCGAACCACGAACAGCUGUGGAAAACGCUUCGCAAACAGUUUGCGCCUAUACCCAAAUCACCGGUAUACCCGACGCCUCGACGAACAUCGACCAUGUCGUCGAAGAAAGCCAGCAAACCUGCACCGGCAGAUGCAGACAUGCAAUACCAACUCCGCCUCAAGAAAAUACACACCAACACGGUCUCGCCGGCGCUCAUCAGUUUUCUCAAAGAGACUCUCGCACCGAACAGUCUGGAAGUGCUUUUCUUACAGGAAGCCCGUAGCUAUAACUCGCCUGUACAAGUCGAGGCAAUCCACCGUGGUCCCUUGCGAAGACAUCGGAACAGCUUGCAGAAAAUCCUGAUUGACAGCUCAGAGAAGGGCGCGGAUGGUCUGCCGACCAACUCUAACCGAUGGAGACGAUGGAUCUUACCUCGCGAGAUCCUCGCAUUCGUGUGCAGCGGCAGAAUGCCUGCUCUCCGCGAGCUCGGCAUGGCAAUUGAUUAUCGCGAUUGGCACUUUUUCUUACAACACCUACCGAGUGUGCCGCAACUCCGGUCACUAUAUCUUCCAUUCUUGGCGAAUCAUGUAUCUGGUCCGAAUGUGGACGCGCGAGAACUGGCACUACAAGUGGUCGAUAUUGUGGCGCUCCGAUCGGAGGUCGAGCUGUGUUACAUGGGAAUUGCGAAUAAAUGCUUUGAGAUUCUGGAAACGCGAGAUGGCGACAAGGGAAAGAACGAGUCGCAUCUGGGCGUGUAUGGGUCUGGCGGGACCAUUGAUGCGGAGCAGCAGGCUUCGGAGGCAGAGGAUGACGAGGACGUGGACGAUGAAGCGGACGACGACGACGACGUGGACCAUCUGGAUGCCGAAGAGGCAGCCGAUACGGAGAGUGAUGGCGAGGAAAGUGAAGAUGACACGGAUUCGGAAGCCGAUGGGGUCGAGUUUGGGAGACAUGCGGCGAAGUUGAGAUUGAGGGAGAUUUUAUUUUACGAUGACAAGGUUGCGAUUUUCAAGGUUCGGCAUGGAAGGUUGUAGAUGUACCAGAGGCGGCGUAUGAGUGACGGUAAGGAGAAGCAGAAGAUGAUUCCCCAGGAUCGAGUCGAUAGGGUAGGAUAGGUUACAUGGGCGGUGAGGUUGUGGCAGUCACAAGCAACAGUAUGGGCUGACGAGCAUCGGCUAUACAGUGUACCUCCUAAUGACCUCAUAUUCUGUGCUGGGCCAGGCCAGUCUCCAGACUUGAAUCACAAUCCACAGACACGCCCCGGCACCGAAGAAGCUCGAGCGCCCAGACGCGACCAAAUGGCAUAGUUAAGCUCCAUUCGCUACGCUUUAGCACUCUACUAGCAUAGACACUCUACCAUCGCUUCGGAGAGAAUGGGC